AUGCGAGUCGGGCUCCCCUCCGAGGCGUCGUCUUGCCGGUGGUCAGCGCGGGGGCCGCAGGACGGGCCGGAGCGCAGGCGGAGCGGGCCGGCGCACGUGCUGUCUGACAAUAUCUACCCGGUGGAGGACCUCGCCGCGACGUCGGUGACCAUCUUCCCCAAUGCCGAACUGGGAGGCCCCUUUGACCAGAUGAACGGAGUGGCUGGAGAUGGCAUGAUCAACAUUGACAUGACUGGAGAGAAGAGGUCCUUGGAUCUCCCAUAUCCCAGCAGCUUUGCGCCUGUCUCUGCACCCCGAAACCAGACCUUCACUUACAUGGGCAAGUUCUCCAUCGACCCCCAGUACCCCGGUGCUAGCUGCUACCCAGAAGGCAUCAUCAACAUUGUGAGUGCAGGCAUCCUGCAAGGGGUCACCUCCCCAGCUUCCACCACAGCCUCAUCCAGCGUCACCUCUGCCUCCCCCAACCCACUGGCCACAGGACCCUUGGGUGUGUGCACCAUGUCCCAGACCCAGCCUGACCUGGACCACCUCUACUCCCCACCGCCGCCGCCUCCUUAUUCUGGCUGUGCAGGAGACCUCUACCAGGACCCCUCGGCGUUCCUGUCGGCAGCCACAACCUCCACCUCCUCCUCUCUGGCCUACCCACCACCUCCUUCCUACCCGUCCCCCAAGCCAGCCACGGACCCAGGUCUCUUCCCCAUGAUCCCAGACUAUCCUGGAUUUUUCCCAUCACAGUGCCAGAGAGACCUACAUGGUGCAGCUGGCCCAGACCGCAAGCCCUUUCCCUGCCCCCUGGACUCCCUGCGAGUCCCCCCUCCACUCACUCCACUUUCCACCAUCCGCAACUUUACCCUGGGAGGGCCCAGUGCUGGGGCCACAGGGCCAGGGGCCAGUGGAGGCAGCGAGGGACCCCGGCUACCUGGCAGCGGCUCUGCAGCUGCCACUGCUGCCACCUAUAACCCACACCAUCUGCCGCUGCGGCCUAUUUUGAGGCCUCGAAAGUACCCCAACAGGCCUAGCAAGACCCCAGUGCACGAGAGGCCCUACCCGUGCCCAGCAGAAGGCUGUGACCGGCGCUUCUCCCGCUCGGACGAGCUAACACGGCACAUCCGAAUCCACACGGGGCACAAGCCCUUCCAGUGUCGAAUCUGCAUGCGCAACUUCAGCCGCAGUGAUCACCUCACUACCCACAUCCGCACCCACACUGGCGAGAAGCCCUUUGCCUGUGACUACUGUGGCCGCAAAUUUGCCCGGAGUGAUGAGAGGAAGCGCCACACCAAGAUCCACCUAAGGCAGAAGGAACGCAAGAGCAGUGCCCCCUCCUCGUCGGUGCCGGCCGCCUCCACCACCUCCUGCACUGGGGGCGCGCAGGCUGGGGGGACCCUGUGCGGCAGCAGCAGCAGCACUAUCGGUGGAGGGUCCCUCGGCCCUUGCUCGUCUCGGACCCGGACACCUUGA